AUGGCAGACAGCUUAUAUAUGUUACCAUCCAAAUAUAGUAUGCAUUUCCUCAAAACUGUAGUUCUGGGGAUAUUUGUGCUUUCAUAUUUGUGGAAUCGAGUGUCCGCUCAACUUGAAACGUGUAAUGACGAUUCCGAAUGCGCCCCAGAACCAAAUGCCGAUGUCUGCGAUGUACCAAACACAAUAUGCCUUUGCAAUAUUAACUAUAAGCCCGAUGGGGCAACAACAGGUUGUGAGAAAAAAGCGUGUAUGGCUGGAAGUGACGAUCCUACGACAAUCUGCGGGGCAUCAACCGCGUGUUCUUCGUCAAACGAAUGUAGCUGUGCUGUAAAUUACGGUGAAGACGGAGCCGCGUGUACUCAAAUUGAUUGCAGUGGUGGAAACGACGCAUUAUGCACUGAUUCAAACUCCUAUUGUGAUGGGACCAACUGUCUUUGCAAAAUAACAUUUGAUGGAACUAAUAGGGAAACAUGCGAUCAAAAGGCAUGCGGGGGUAACCCUACUACAAAUUGUGGGACAAACACAGCAUGUGAUGGAAGUGACAACUGCAUUUGUGCUAUUAAUUACGUUGUAUCGGAUGGAACAUGCAGUCAAAUCGACUGUUCCGGUGGUAACGCCGCUUUAUGCACUGAUUCAAACUCCUAUUGUGAUGGAACCAACUGUCUUUGCAAAAUAACAUUUGAUGGAACUAAUAGUCAAACAUGCGCUCAAAAGGCAUGUGGGGGUAACCCUACUACAAAUUGUGGGACAAACACAGCAUGUGAUGGAAGUGACAACUGCAUUUGUGCUAUUAAUUACGUUGUAUCGGAUGGAACAUGCAGUCAAAUCGACUGUUCCGGUGGUAACGCCGCUUUAUGCACUGAUUCAAACUCCUAUUGUGAUGGAACCAACUGUUUUUGCAAAAUAACAUUCGUUGGAACUAAUAGUGAAACAUGCACUCAAAAGGCAUGCGGUGGUAACGCUGCUACAAAUUGUGGUACAAACACAGCAUGUGACGGAAGUGACAACUGCGCAUGCCUUGCCAAUUACGUGGUAUCAGACGGAACAUGCAGUCAAAUCGUCUGUACCGGUAACGCCGCUUUAUGCACUGAUUCUAACUCCUAUUGCGAUGGAACGAAUUGCCUUUGCAAAAUAACAUUUGACGGAACUGAUAUUGCAACAUGCACCCAAAAGGCAUGCGGGGGUAACGCUGCUACAAAUUGUGGUACAAACACAGCAUGUGAUGGAGGUGACAACUGUGCUUGUGCUGUUAAUUACGUGGUAUCAGACGGAACAUGCAGUCAAAUCGACUGUUCCGGUGGUAACGCCGCUUUAUGCACUGAUUCAAACUCCUAUUGUGAUGGGACCAACUGCCUUUGCAAAAUAACAUUUGUUGGAGAUAAUAGUGCAACGUGCACCCAAAAGGCAUGCGGGGGUAACGCUGCUACAAAUUGUGGGACAAACACAGCUUGUGAUGGAAGUGACAACUGCGCAUGUCUUGCCAAUUACGUGGUAUCAGACGGAACAUGCAGUCAAAUCGUCUGUACCGGUAACGCCGCUUUAUGCACUGAUUCAAACUCCUAUUGUGAUGGGACGAAUUGCCUUUGCAAAAUAACUUUUGAUGGAACGAACGUUGCUAUUUGUACUUUGAAAGAUUGCGGAGGAGAUGCAUCAAACAACUGUGGUGCAGACACUAAAUGUGAUACAAAUGACAAAUGUGCAUGUGCGGAUGGAUUCGCGGUAAAAGAUGGAGCCUGCGUUCGAGACUGCGGCACAGAUUCGAGUGUCUGUACUUCGGCAGAUCCAAACUCAUAUUGUAGUUCAGGUGACUGUACAUGUAAAAUCACGUUUGACGAUACAAGCUCAACGACGUGCACGAGUAAAACUUGUGGUGGAAAUGCGGCAACAAAUUGUGGGACCAACACAGCAUGUGACAAUGAUGACAAGUGCAGCUGCAGAGCAAAUUUUGUUGCUAAUGAGAAUACUUGUGUACAAAUUACUUGUGGCGACGAUUCCGUCUGUAUUUCUUCUGAUCAAAACUCAUAUUGUGAUGGGAGUAACUGCGCCUGCAAGUUUAAUUUUGACGGAGCAUCAGUUGCCGAUUGUACCCGUAAAGCUUGUGGCGGUAAUGCAGCAACAAAUUGUGGCACUGACACUGUGUGCAACGCUGACGACAAGUGUGCAUGUGUUGCACAUUAUCAAGAGGUCGGUAACGCAUGCAGCCAAAUAGUGUGUACUUCUGAUGCUUCAUUGUGCAGUUCAGCAAAUUCUUAUUGCGACGGAACAAAUUGCGUAUGUAAAAAGAAUUUCGAUGUUUCUGGAACGGACUGUACCCGCAAAACCUGCACCCAAAAUUCUCAGUGUACAGAAACAAAUUCCUAUUGUGCAACAUCUGGAACUUCGCUCGGUUGUAACUGCGGAUUCGUAUCAACUGUUGAUGCAACAACUGGAUCAUGUGCGGGGAAAACAUGCACUUUAGCUGAUAAAUUGACAACAUGCGGAUCGAGCGUGUUUUGUACUUCAAGCUCGAGCACUUUCCAUUGUUCCUGUGGAGUUAAUUUUAUUGCUGGAGAGAGCGCAUGUGUUCAAAAAACAUGUACUCAAUCGAGUGACUGUGACGCGAAUUCCAAAUGCAGCAAUGAAAAUAAGUGCGAGUGUGAGGACGGAUGGACAGCCAUUGAGACAGCAUGCAGAAAAAAUUGCACUGCUGCAACAGAUUGCGCAUCUAAUGCUUUAUGCUACGAAGGCGUAUGUGUAUGUGCAGCAAAUUGGGAGGGCGAUGGAUCAACCGCUGAAUGCACACAAAAGACUUGUACCGGUAGCGAUACAACCUCAUGUCUGCCGAAUUCGCAAUGCUUAUCCAGCCUAUGCUCAUGUGCCUCAGAUUGGACUUCCGUCGGAUCUGUUUGUAGGAAAACUUGUUCAGAUAACUCUGGCUGUCACGAGAAUGCCAAAUGCAUCGAUGGAAAUUGUGAAUGUUCCACAAAUUAUGCCGGAGAUGGCUUCAAUUGUUCGGCCAUUACAUGUGCUGGUGGUGAAAAUGAAUGUGGGAUUGGCUCAACUUGCUCCACUGAAAAUUUAUGCGUUUGCGUAGAUGAUAGCAUUUGUUCAGCAAAUUCGAUUCGUUUAAACUAUUUUUGUGGUUUAUUUGUUGUAAUUUUCACCAUUUUGUCCAAAGUCAUCAGUUUCGUUUAAAAUUUAA